GGCUGGUCUGUGGAAGGGCGCCGAGUUGUUCGCCCAGUACCUGGCCUUCUCGCAGGCCGUGCCAUCCUGCCCCGACUGCAGGCUGGUCUGCCCCGCGCUGUCUUGUCCAGCGCCGAACUUCUCGUGCCCGAGACUCGUGGCGCCCAACCUCACCUGCCAGGCCCCGCUGGUACAGCUUGCCUGUCCCGAGGUUCCUCAGGCGCCGUCGAUCAAUUUGUCCUGUCCUGUCGCCUACCCCUUGCCCGCCGAGGAGGAUUUCUUCGGCUACGAUCUGCCCUCCCUGACUGUCGGCGUGCUCGUCGGCAGCGUGGGCAGUGUGGGUGCCUCUUCGUGGGGAAGGCGACUUGGGUCCUCAUGCGGUAUGAUAUACCAGGGCCCGAAGUCUGGCACGAGCGCCCCAUCGCUGGGGUAUCUCGUCUCCACGAUCACGAACGACGGCGAUCACUAUGCAGAGGACUUCAGCCAGCAGAACGACGACAUUGCGGAGGUGAGGUGGAUCGGCCAGCCUGGGGACAUUCCAGUCGGCGUGGACGGUCGGCGGAUCUACAGGUUCCAGAACCCUCCCGAUGCGGCUACCUUCGAGCAGCUGAAGCGCGAGGGUGCCCUCAUGGUGGAGGGCCGCGUCGCG